AUGUGUAAAGUAGAAUUAGAAACAACUAAACAUCUUCUCUUCCAUUGCCCUUAUGCUAAGGAAGUUUGGAACUUAUCUCCUAACCCAACCUCUUUAUCUUUGAAUACCUCAAGUACAAUAUUAGAUCUCUGUAAAAACUGGAUUAAUAAACCUACAUCGGAUAUAUCUAUUGAAUUACUUCUAACCAAGAUGUGGUUCAUCUGGAAAGAGAGAUGUGAUAGAGUCUUUGAAGAUAAAGCUAAAUCAACUAAUUGUCUAGCUCUAGAAAUACAGAGACACGUAGAUUUUUGGUCUACAAGAAAAAAGAAAAAUGUUAAAUAUAAACAGGUACAACAUAAGAAAUCUACUCCUAACUGGAAGACUCCAUGUCAAAAUACCAUAAAGAUCAAUGUUGAUGCAGAUUGGAUCUCAGAUUCAGUACCAUCUAGCUUUGGAUUAAUCUUGAGAAAUAAUGCAGGAGAUAGUGAAGGGGGACGAGCAGGACCAUUAGAAAGUUCAGACCCACAAGAGGCAGAGGCUAUAGGAGUGUUGCAGGCGGCUACUUGGGCAAAAGAGAAACAGAUCAAAAACUUCAGCACAUAA